CAGCAGCCCGAUUGUUUUCCGUCUCUCCAUGAGCAGGAAGAUGAAAGAUGCCCUUGAAAUGAUAGACGAACUGGUUGUCGAGAUGAAUAACUUUCACUUCCUACAACAUGCCAAGGCACCAACCAUUGUUCAGCCGCAAACACACUCACAUGUCAAUGAAUUACAAAUUGUCGGCAGACAAGAUGAAAAGGAACAAGUGGUGAAGAUAUUGCUCAACCAGUCUGAUAAUAGCAACAUUGAUAAUAGUGACAUCAUGGUGCUCCCCGUAGUUGGCAUGGGGGGAAUUGGCAAAACUACCCUUGCCCAACUUGUUCACAAUGAUCAGAGGGUGAAGGACCCUUUUGAGUUGGUCUUGUGGGUAUGUGUCUCUGACAAGUUCAGUAUCGAAGAAAUCAUCCGAUCCAUAAUAGAAGUGGCCACCAUGAAGAAGUGUGAUUUGACUCAGAUGGAGGCACUGCAGAAGGAACUCAGUAAAGUUUUGGCCAAGAAAAGGUACCUCCUAGUAUUGGAUGAUGUUUGGAACGAAGAUCGACGGAAGUGGGAUGACAUGAGAUCAUUGUUGUGCGCACAUUCUAGAUCUGGUAGUGCUGUAAUUGUGACAAGCCGCAAUGAAAAAGUUGUUUCUAUCAUGGGCGGGCACACUUCCACCACAUCAGAUGUCACUUCUAAACGAAGAUCAAUCAUGGGAGCUUUUUCACAAAAAUGCAUUUGGUAGAGAAGUGGUAAAA